UGUACCAGAGGCCAUGGCUUCUCUCUCACCUCUACUAGUCACCACCACUACCAUUCCCUCUACUAAAACCUCCCUCUCAGCUUUCUCAAACAGCAGCUCCCAGGUUUCCUUGAUCGGAAAACCCAGGCAGUGCAUUCGUACUAGGGUUUCAUGCAAAGCCGCUAACAACGACCAAAAUGAUGCCGAACCUCAUGUAACUAAGUUUGAUAGAAGAAAUGUGCUUCUUGGUCUUGGAGGUCUAUAUGGGGUGGCCGGUCUUGGGAACGAUCCCUUCGCUUUUGCCAGGCCCGUCGCUCCACCGGACGUGUCCAAAUGCGGGGCGGCGGACUUGCCUAAUGGCGUAGCACCGAUGGAUUGUUGCCCGCCUGUGGCGUCAAAGAUCGUUGACUUCAAGCUGCCUUCGCCGACUCCAUUGCGUGUUAGGCCAGCAGCGCACGCCGUGGAUGAUGCAUACAUUGCAAAAUACAAUAAGGCCAUGGAUCUCAUGAAAGCCCUUCCGGACGAUGAUCCCCGUAGUUUCAAGCAGCAAGCCAACGUGCAUUGUGCUUAUUGUGAUGGUGCCUAUGACCAGGCAGGCUUUCCUGAUCUUGAGCUCCAAAUCCACAACUCAUGGCUCUUCUUUCCCUUCCACAGAUACUACUUGUACUUCUACGAGAGAAUCUUGGGUAAGCUAAUCAACGACCCAACAUUUGCUUUGCCGUUCUGGAACUGGGACUCCCCUGCUGGCAUGCAGUUGCCUGCUCUCUUCGCCAAUCCCAGUUCACCGCUUUACGACAAGUUCAGAGCCGCCGCUCAUCAGCCGCCGAAGCUAAUCGACCUCGAUUUUAACGGAAGGGAGGACAAUGCAUCAAACACGACACAAAUCAACAGCAAUCUAAGCAUUAUGUACCGUCAAAUGGUGUCAAACGCCAAGAAUGCUCAGCUCUUCUUUGGCAACCCCUACAGGGCUGGCGAUGAGCCUGACCCUGGUGGUGGUUCUGUCGAAGGAACCCCUCACGGACCGGUUCACUUGUGGACCGGUGACAGCACUCAGCCCAACUUCGAGGACAUGGGAAACUUUUACUCCGCCGGUAGAGAUCCUAUUUUCUACUCGCACCACUCCAAUGUUGAUCGGAUGUGGAAUAUAUGGAAGACCCUAGCUACCAAAAACAAUGACAUCACCGAUUCCGAUUGGUUAGACUCCGGUUUCUUAUUCUACGAUGAGAAUGCUAAUAUGGUGCGCGUCAAGGUGCGUGACUGCCUUGAGACCAAAAAUCUCGGUUAUGUGUAUCAAGAUGUGGAGAUUCCAUGGCUGAACUCAAGGCCAACGCCAAGAAGGUCAAAGGUGGGAUUCAGUAAUAUAGCCAAGAAGCUCGGUGUAGCUAACGCCGCACCUUCAAAAGCCAAAGAGGUGGCAAUCACUGAUUUUCCUCUGACUUUGAGCCGGAAAAUUAAAGUGGCGGUACCAAGGCCUCAGCAGAAAAAGAGAAGCAAGAAGCAGAAGGAAGACGAGGAGGAGAUACUAGUGAUCCAAGGGAUCGAGUUCGAUAGAGAUGUGGCAGUGAAGUUUGAUGUGUACAUUAACGACGAGGAUGACUUGCCGAGCGGGCCGGACAAGUCUGAGUUUGCCGGAAGCUUUGUGAGUGUGCCGCACAGGCAUAAGCACUCGAAGAAGAUCAACACUAUUCUGAGGUUGGGGCUGACGGAUUUACUGGAGGAUUUGGAUGCCGAGGACGAUGAAACGGUGGUCGUGACUUUGAUUCCAAGGUAUGGGGCGGACAAAGUCAAGAUUGGUGGCAUCAAGAUUGAGUUUGCUUCUUAAUUUAUCCAACUGCAGUGUCAAGAAACACCAUCCUUGUUGUUUUAGAACUAUAGCUAUUGAUCAUCUUGAGGUGAUUCAUGCUGCA